UGGCGUCGACAACAUUCUUCGAUGGACUCUUUGCUCGAGAACUGAAGAAACUUAAAUAUUAUUCAUAAAAAAGAUCCUUUUCCUUAACUCGACCUGUGUUAUUGUCAAGGGGCUGCCUCGUCAAUGAACGAAUGAAUAAAUAAGCUCUACCAGAAGAAUUCUGGAAAUCGUCGAGAAGACGCAUCGACAAUGCAAAGACAAUUAUCCGGGGAUGUCUAGCGGUAGAAAAGCGAUGCGACCCGUCAGGCAACUGUCGUUACAGCAGCCUGUGCCGCGUCGACAGCACAUCAGACGACAGAGAUCGGCGGAGGAUGAUUGCAGCAAAUCUUUGCAGAUCUACGCAAAUCCGAUCGCGCGUGGAAGAUUAGGGGCGAAUGCGACGGAGAAGCCCAAGGUACGAGUUGCUUGGGGCGAUGAUCGUCACGGCUGCAACAAUCUGGCCCAGGUGGAGGUGGUGGCUCGGCAGAUCCCGAGUCGAUCUAGACCGACUACAGGUCGAUCUGGAAGAAAUUAUGCCACUACGGAGAAGGCGUCGAUUCUUUACUCGCGGCAGGAGCUUGCCGAGAGAUUGCGACUCGCGUGGAAGCAUCGGGAACAGAACAAAGCAAACAUUGAUAUUUUCCUGGCACAUGGCAUGGCAGUGGAGGAACGUUGCGAUUCCCAACUAUCGAUGUCCAUUCCGUCGUCCCCUCUUUCCACAAAGGAGCCUAACAGUACAGAUGAAGGAAAGAGUCAGCAGAAUCUGGCAGCACCGAGCAACUUGAGAGAUCGAGGGAAGAAAACGCAUGAAGAUUAUGAUAAGGGAGAUGAAGGAUUAUGCGAAACGAAGCUGGAGUCUGCGUCUCGAUUGAUUAAAAAAGAUUUGUUAACGAAAGGAGAUGAGAAAACAACAGAAAACGUGGAAAAGCAAGGAAAAGAUAAUGAGAAACCGGAUUUACUCGAUAAUGUGGACAUUGAAGAGGAGAAGACAAAGAAGACACGUAUAAAUAUUGAUUGUAUGAAUCUUCAUCUUCCAACGAGCGAUCAGUCGCAACCAUUGAACGCUUUUUCAUUAUUAAAAACGGAAAAUGUGAAUGAUCUGGCAAAGAUCAGCAGCGAUUUCUCGUUGGCGAAGCAAAAACGCGCAAGUUUUCACAGCGGUACCAAUCGCGCCUUUCUCGAGCCGAUGGUGGAGAAGUCUCCGAAAGGGCCGGAAGCGAAGAGUAAGCUUGCAUCAACAAAAUCGAUCGAGAUCAGAUGCGCUUCGGCCGAUAAGACUAUGAUGAGAUCGUCGAUUGACAAGAAUGUCAUUCUCACAAGAAGCUCGUCCACGAUGAGCCUGGAAAAAGCAAAAAGGACGAAUUCCGCACCACCGCAGAGACGAAAUCUCGCAUCCGCAGCGCGUGUGCAAGUGAACAUUGUGAUCGACGCACCAAGUCUCGCCGAUGAAGCCACAGAUAAGUCAAUCGUUUGUGAAAAAAUGCAGGAUGGAAAAGACACUGUGGAAAAAUAUGAGGACUGUGCAAUAAAGGUAUCACAAGGGGAGCGGUCGAUAAGAUCGGCGCCUCUGAAGAGGCGAUCGAGAAGCGCGAAGAGGCGUUUUCUUGCCUCGUCAGGUUCGGGAAAGGAUGAGGAUCGCGGUGGACGAGGGAAGGCUUUCAUGGAUCCUAAAACGAGCGACGUGGUUACGAUGGUGUCGCUGGUUAGUUCGGCUGACAGCGAUAGCGACGUCGAGAAUUCGCCGGGCGAUGAUAAGCUUAUCAAUGAAUUGCGCAGCAAAUUACCCACUACGCCUAUCAUCAAGACAUCCAUCAAUCCCAACCCCAUGACAACGAGGAAGCCUAUCAAAUCAGUUUCCUUUCAAAGGGACUCGUUCGACGAGGAGCCGACGAAGGAGGAAAAACGAAUCAUUAAUAACGUUCAACUUCCUCGUUUCGGUCUCGUCGUUAACGUCACUCAUGGAAACAACAAUGAGCACAUAGAGGAACAGGACAGCAGGACUGACAUUGAUACUGUCAUUACGAUACCGACGCUGGCCAUCGAACCUGUGCUAAUUCAACAGGAUACCGAGAGGAUAGUACCGGAGGCACCGUUGACUGAUCGUGAGAAGAGAUGCCUGGCAGUGCCGAUCGGUGAUCUGCACGACAAGAAACGGAAACUGCUGCGAACACGCAGCACACCUAGCCGCCCGAUGAAGGAAAGGAGAGGAGGAGAAGGAGGUAGAAAAGGAGGAAGGAGUUGGUUGGUAACGGACUGGUACGACCGUGAAUGUUCGCAUCCCGCGGAUCAUGCAGAGCGGACGAAUAAUGUGCUGAUGGAGACAAAAGAUCAGAGGAUAUCUCUCGCGAUACCGCGAAUCGAUCUCGUCGCGAUUCCAGCUCCGUCGAUCGACACACCGCUUUCAAAAGUCGAACAAUUUCCUAAAGAGACGAUACCGGCAAAAGAGACGCCACCAGAGAUGAUACUGCCUUCGGAGCCACAGUUUCAAACGACGAAGGAAAAGGAAUGCUGGUAUCUCUACAGGCGGAUGUGUGAUAAGGGUGUGUGCGUGUCCUUCGACACAGUUCUAAGAGGCAUGCUAACACCGACGGAGUAUCGACUGCGACAGAAGGAAUGUUCACAGGAUUUGCAAUGAGAUGUUGAAUUGUUUUUUUUUAUUGAUUUUUUUUAUUUUGUAGAUACUUUUUUAAU